AUGUAUGGAUCUCACUUGGCUGUCUUUGCUGCCUUGGUGGCCAUUUCCCUGGGGAUAAUUGUCCAAGGUGCUCCUCUUUCUGAGGAAGUGGAUCCUGCAAAGGUCCCUGAUUUCUAUGAACUUUUUAAUAAUCCCGAUGCACACUUGUCCUUGACCGACGGUCCCGAUACGAUUCAAUUCGUUGGAGCUCAUGGUUAUCCAGUAGAGCGACAUUAUGUGACCACUGAAGAUGACUAUAUAGUCAGUCUCUUCCGGAUUCCCUACUCUCACAACCUACAGAACCAGGAUAAAAAGAGACCUAUUGUUUUUAUACAGCACGGCCUGUUUGCUAGUUCUGAUUUUUGGACAAGUAUGGGACCCAAUGAUGGCCUUGCUUUUCUGCUUUCCGAUGCUGGAUACGAUGUUUGGUUGGGCAAUGCCCGUGGAAACAGAUACUCCAGAAAUCACACGACCCGCUCCACAAGUCAUCCUGACUUUUGGCGCUUCAGUUGGCACGAGAUUGGCUACUUUGACAUUGCCGCUGUUAUUGAUUAUACCUUGGCCACGGAGAAUGGACAGGGUCAGGAGGGAAUCCAUUAUGUGGGUCACUCCCAGGGAACCACCGUCUUUUUUGUACUGAUGUCAUCGAGGCCGGAAUAUAACCAGAAGAUCAAAACAGCUCAUAUGCUGGCUCCAGUGGCAUUUAUGGAUCACAUGGAUGACUUUAUGGUCAAUACCUUGUCUCCUUAUUUGGGCUUCCACAAUGUCUAUUCUACGCUUUUCUGCUCUCAGGAGUUUUUACCUUACAACGACUUUGUCCUGGCUCUAAUGUACAGUGUUUGUCUACCAAACUCGAUUGUUUCCAGCUUUUGCAGCAGCAGUGAGGAAACGACUGUUAUUGAACUAGGAAGAAAAAAUACCACUGCUGAUUCCGUGAUAUCUGGUGUGUCGCCCGCUGGACUUUCCACGGAUCAAAUCCUGCAUUACAUGCAGGAGCAUCAAUCGGGACAUUUCCGUCAGUUUGAUUUCGGAACCAAGAAGAAUCUGAAAGUAUAUGGAACCGAAACACCUACCGAUUAUCCCACUGAACUCAUUACAAGUGAGAUGCAUCUGUGGUAUGGGGACAACGACGAAAUGUCAGCCGUGGAAGAUGUUUUAAGAGUGGCUGAAACUCUGCCCAACAAGGUGAUGCAUCAUAUGGAGGAUCCACUGUGGGAUCAUAUGGAUUUCGUUACCAACUGGGAGGUGCGACAGUUGAUUAAUGACCCAAUAAUAGACAUCAUGAACAAGUACGAGGCAAAGUGAUAGGAAAGGACUCCCAAUCUGUAGUCGUACUUCUUUAUAUUUAAUUCACAUUUUUAUAUUCAUAUCUAAUCGUUAACGGAUGCAGCUUAGACUUUGUUAAGUACUCUCACCUCAUCAGAUUUGCACUUCAUACUCGACAUUUACUUCCUCCAAGUGUAUAUUAUACUCAAUAGAUCUAAGCCGACUUUUGUUAUCACAAAGCAUUUUUCCCAUUUACAAGUAGGGCUCGUAAAAUAUACGACUACUGCUCUUUAAAUCUAUAAAUGGCUUGAUAAGCUAAAGCACUUGAUGGGGGUACAUUUCUUUUUUAGAUUAUCAAAAAUGUAUUCAAGUAGCUGAAG